GUCUCUACUCAGUUUAUUGGAAAGUGAGAAUUUUUUUUAUUUCUAUCAGUGUUUAUUUGGAUUUUCCUCACAUUUUUCACGAGAUUUCACGCAAAUUGUGCAAAAAUAUAACAAAAUAAACUCUUUUAGUGAUUCAUUUUGAGGAAUUUCUCAAAUUCCACACUAAAAAAAAAUAUUUUGAAUUUAGAAAAAAAAGUCUUGUUCAUGGUCUCGCUUUGAUCUUUCCAUUGAGCAUCCCAUGCCGCGCGGUUGGUCUUCCAGCAAAAUAUUGAGCGGUGUUAGUCGACGCUCGAACGCCGCCGAGGAACGUUCUGUGCGAUUUCGCGCCGGUUUUAUUUUUGAUUAGGAAGAAAAAAUUCUUAUGGAGUGAUUGUGGAGCAAUUCUAUUCAAAGAAUUUGGCAAGAAAAAAAUUCUCUCUUAGCCAAGAGAUCAUCUUACAUUAGUGGCGAUCAUUAUUGUGCUGGAUUAGCACAUUCUUAAGCCAGAGUGAAUUUCGGCGAAUUAACAGUGAAUUAAUUUUAAGCACAAAACAGAAUAAAUUCACCGGCAAAGGGUCGGUAGUGGAAAAGUGCUUUUGGGUGGUGUGUUGUGUGUGUGUGUCGCCAAAAAUAGAUUACGAGAGGAGCCAUUUAGAUUCAAAUAAAACGCCAUCGAAGCAUUUCCCGUGCAUCGUGUGCAUCUGGAGUCUUUUUCUGGAUAAACAUUCGCCACGAUUUUCUGAACUUCAAAUGUGCUGUCGCGCCCCAGCAUCCAAUCUGUGCAGCAGCAGCAAUUGAGGCUCAAUUGCACCAAGAAGAAAAAAAAUGGUGAUGCGCCCGAGACAAUGGUGUCAUAGUGCUGCGAUGUUUUUGCUGUAGAGUUACGGAGCAGCGAAUCUCGUGGUGUUGUUGUGUGCAGAGUGGGAAGAUCCCAUAUCUCAGUGGCUUCAUUAACCAAGCGGAUGCCCCAUCGUGGACUAAUGACUUCAAAUGAUGCUUAAGCUACCACAAAUUGUGUUGUGCAGAGAGUGAGUGAUUUUCAAUUGGACCGGUAGACGCGGUGGGAAAGGUGAAAGGUGUGUUUGUGAGACAAAAUUGUGGGUGAAGCGAUAAGAUUUUGGGUGCAAGGGCUGUAGAAGAAGAAACAGGAGAGAGAGCCCCCAAAUUGCCGACAAAGAGGACGGCAGUGUAAUUGGCACAACACGAGCAUUGUUGUUCCAACCAAUUGACUUAUCGCACGAUCGGAGAUCUCAAUCUCCGUGGACUUCCGACUUGGCCGCUAUGCUACGUGGCGGCGGGAAGAUGAGAAAGAAGAAAGACUGGUGGAUGGGUGGUUUGGUGAUGCUCGCCAUCAUUGUGGUGGCCGUAGCAGAGGAGGCACCCCUUGUGCCAUCACUGAUGGACUUUGAAGUGGCCAAGAAUGCCCUAUCGCUGGUACUGCCACAUGACACAUAUCCCGGCUAUACGGUGAAACAGCUGGAACCAUCGAAUGCAACAUCCUUCCAUCAGCCAGAGCACGAUCAAGCAGCUCUGAAUUUUCGCCUCUUGGAAACCUCGUACUCCAAGUACUUUACAGUCCUCGAGAAUGGGGUGGUUAUGACAACGGGCGACCUAUCCCCGCUUGUCAAUCAACCUGUUCACCUGACGAUCCUCGAAGAGACCCCCAAUUCAACAUCAACCCAUCAUUUGCAUCUCUUCGUGAUGGAUCGCAAGGAUAUGCUGCGUUUCCCCGGAGCAACAUUGGAUACAGUGGGUGAGGUGAUGGAGAACCAAAAACCCGGAACUCCUGUCCAAGGAAUCCCCCAUCUGCAAGCCAAUUCAGCCAGUGGUGGUCGCUCAAUCAGCUACCGCAUCAUCUCCGGCAAUGAUGACGAGGCUUUCGCACUGAAGGAUUUAACAACGCAAAAAAUCAGCAAUGCCAUUUCCAUUGGGGAAGGUGAGAAGUCCGAAGGAGUCAUCCUCGUUACGGCAAAAUCCCUCGAUAGGGAGGAGAAGAAGGACUACACGCUGACAAUUGAGGCAGCUGAUACGGAAGGUAUCAAUAAGGCCAUUGCAAAGAUAGCAGUAACAGUGUUGGAUGUAAAUGACAAUAGGCCCGUCUUUACGCGUCCUGAAUACAAAUUCUCAAUGGCCGGCAUCAAGAGUACCGACCUCCAUGGGAACUCCACGGUGUCCUGGCCACGAUUCAGUCGCCUCGGGCAUGUGGAGGCAAAAGAUGAGGAUGGAGAUAAGGUGGCCUACAAACUUCUCACCCCCAGCAACUACGUCAUCAUUGUACCCCAAACGGGAGAACUCCUUCUGGCCAAUGAACCAGAUAUGCAGGAAAUCCUCGUGGACGUCGAGGCGCACGAUCUACGCAGCCCCAGCCUUGCCAGUGCAAAACCAGCGAGAGUUCUCAUUGAAUUCGUCGCCCCGGAGCCUGUGCCAAUGAUUGUGCAGCACCUCUCGCACGAUGCCAUCAAUCAGCAUUCCCAUCGUCGUGAUAAGCGUCGUGUCACGCGUGCGGUGCGCCCCACGAAGAGGAUUGAAUUCACAGAAACCGAUGGGGAUACCGAUGGGAAGAUUGUCUUCCAGCUGGAGAAGGAAACGGACAGGGAGACAUUUAAGAUUCGCGAUGAGAAUAUCUGGGUGGGUGUGGAGGCAAAUGGAGCAGUGCGGGUGAAGAAGAAGUGGGACUACGAGGAGCUGGGACCCGAGAAAACCAUCGAUUUUUGGGUGAUCAUCACGAAUUCCGGACACAAUGCUGGUCUCAAAUACACGGACAAUCAGCGGGUUAUAAUUCACGUCAAAGAUGUGAAUGAUGAACCACCGUAUUUUAUAAAUCGUCCACUGCCGAUGCAGGCCGUCGUCCAGCUCAAUGCCCCACCGAAUACCCCGGUGUUUACACUGCAGGCCCGGGAUCCCGACACUGACCACAACAUCCACUACUUCAUCGUGCGCGAUAGGACAGGAGGAAGAUUCGAAGUCGAUGAAAGAUCAGGCGUGGUACGAACACGUGGCACAGAUCUCUUCCAAUUGGAUAUGGAGUACGUACUGUACGUGAAGGCAGAAGAUCAGAAUGGCAAAGUGGAUGAGAGAAGAUUCCAGAGCACGCCGGAGGAACGUUUGUCAAUUGUUGGUGGCAAGAGGGCACCGCAAUUCUACAUGCCCAGCUAUGAGGCGGAAAUUCCGGAGAACCAGAAGAAGGAUUCCGACAUAAUUUCCGUAAAGGCGAAAUCCUUUGCCGACAGAGAAAUUCGGUAUACGCUGAAAGCUCAGGGCCAGGGUGCGGGAACAUUCAACAUUGGCCCAACAUCGGGGAUUGUGAAGUUGGCCAAGGAGUUGGAUUUUGAGGAUUUACGCCAACCGCACGUGUACUCACUCGUUGUGACUGCCACUGAGGAUUCCGGUGGAUUUUCCACAUCAGUUGAGCUGACAAUCCGUGUUACGGAUGUCAAUGACAAUGCUCCAAAAUUCGAACUGCCAGACUAUCAGGCACACAAUGUGGACGAGGACAUCCCCCUGGGGACGAGUAUCCUCAAAGUCAAGGCUAUGGAUGCAGAUUCGGGGGCAAAUGCGGAGAUUGAGUACCUCGUGUCGGAUGAUCAUUUUGCCGUUGAUUCCAAUGGCAUCAUUGUGAACAACAAGCAACUCGAUGCGGACAACAACAAUGCGUACUACGAGUUUGUCGUCACGGCCAAGGAUAAGGGGGAACCAUCGAAGACAGGAACAGCCACAGUUCGUGUUUACACGAAGAAUAAGAAUGACGAAGAGCCCAAAUUCUCCCAGCAAGUCUACACGCCGAAUGUCGAUGAGAAUGCCGGGCCCAAUACGUUGGUAACGACCGUCGUGGCGUCUGACAAAGAUGGCGAUAAUGUGCGCUUUGGCUUUGUCGGGGGUGGCACAACGAGUGGGCAGUUUGUUAUUGAAGAGAUCACGGGGGUGAUUCGGUUGCACAGCAAAAUGAUCACGCUGGAUCGUGAUAAGUACGAACUCAAUGUGACCGCCAUGGAUGAUGGUUCGUGCUGCGUGAAUGGUGAUGCAACAAUUCACACCUCAACAGCCGUGGUGGUUGUCUUCAUCACCGAUGUCAAUGACAAUAAGCCCGUGUUCAAGGAUUGUGGCACGUACUACCCAAAAGUCGAGGAAGGAGCCCCCAAUGGGAGCCCUGUGAUCAAAGUUCAAGCCACAGAUGAGGACAAAGGUGUCAAUGGGCAGGUGAAGUACUCAAUUGUCCAACAACCCAAUCAGAAAGGCACCAAAUUCACCGUUGACGAGGAAACCGGAGAAGUUUCCACGAAUAAGGUCUUUGAUCGUGAAGGGGAUGAUGGGAAAUUCGUCUCUGUGACGGUGAAGGCAACAGAUCAGGGUGAACCGAGCUUGGAGGGUGUUUGCUCCUUCACCGUGGAAAUUACCGAUGUCAACGACAAUCCACCACUCUUCGAUAGACAGAAAUACGUGGAGAAUGUGAAACAAGAUGCGAGCAUUGGGACGAAUAUUUUGAGAGUUUCCGCCUCGGAUGAGGAUGCUGACAACAAUGGGGCCAUCGUGUACAGCCUCAGUGCACCGUACAAUCCGGCUGAUUUGGCUUAUUUCGAAAUACAACCCGAAUCUGGAUGGAUUGUCCUCAAGAAACCACUCGACAGAUGCUACCCACGAGAUAGAUACCGGCUAAGGGUUCGUGCCUCUGAUAAGGGUGAACCACCCUCGUACGCUGAUGUCGACGUUGAAUUAGAUGUGGUCGACAGAAAUAAUAAACCGCCAAUUUGGGAUAAGAGUAUUUACGGCCCCAUACACAUUAAAGAAAAUGUCACUGUUGGUACGGUUGUUACAUCGGUUAAAGCAAGUUCGGGCAUAGAAGGCAAUCCGACGGUUUUCUAUCGCCUCAUGCCAGGAUCAACGGCGCAAACGAACAAAUUCCACACGUUCUACCUGCAACAGAGACCGGACAAUGGGGACACCUGGGCUGAUAUAAAAGUCAAUCAUCCCCUAGACUACGAGAGUAUCAAGGAAUACAAUCUCACAAUCCGUGUUGAGAACAAUGGUGCGCAACAGCUUGCAUCGGAGGCCACAGUUUAUAUUAUGCUGGAAGAUGUUAACGACGAAAUCCCAUUGUUCACGGAACGAGAGCAGGAAACGGUGCUGGAGGGGGAACCAAUCGGAACUAAAGUGACUCAAGUGAAUGCCAUUGACAAGGAUGGAACUUUUCCAAAUAAUCAGGUUUACUACUACAUUGUGGACUCACCCCGGAAUGAGGGGAAGGAGUUCUUCGAGAUAAACCUCCAGAGUGGUGAAAUUUUCACGAAAGUUGUGUUCGAUCGUGAGAAGCAGGGCGCCUAUGCGCUGGAAGUGGAGGCAAGAGAUGGUGCACCAUCGGCACGACCCAAUAGCAAUGGACAACCAAAUUCAGUGACAAAGUUUAUACGGAUUGGAAUUGCUGAUAAGAACGACAAUCCACCAUACUUCGAUAAGGCCCUCUACGAGGCUGAAGUGGACGAAAAUGAAGACAUUCAGCACACCGUCCUCACUGUCACCGCCAAAGAUCACGAUGAAUCAUCGCGUAUUCGAUACGAGAUCACAAGCGGUAACAUAGGAGGAGCUUUUGCUGUUAAAAAUAUGACGGGUGCCAUUUACGUAGCUGGUGCUCUUGACUAUGAAACACGGAAACGGUAUGAGCUACGUUUAGCGGCUUCGGAUAAUUUGAAGGAGAACUACACGACUGUCGUGAUCCACGUCAAGGAUGUCAAUGAUAAUCCACCAGUUUUCGAGAGGCCCACCUACAGGACCCAAAUCACCGAAGAAGAUGACCGCAAUCUCCCAAAACGCGUCCUACAGGUGACAGCCACAGAUGGUGACAAGGAUCGUCCACAGAAUAUAGUCUACUUCCUCACGGGGCAGGGCAUUGAUCCAGAUAACCCGGCCAAUAGUAAAUUUGACAUCAAUCGCACCACAGGAGAGAUAUUCGUACUAAAGCCCCUGGAUCGAGAUCAGCCCAAUGGUCGACCCCAGUGGCGAUUUACGGUCUUUGCGCAGGAUGAGGGUGGCGAAGGACUCGUGGGCUAUGCUGAUGUUCAAGUGAACCUAAAGGAUAUCAACGACAAUGCCCCAAUCUUCCCACAAGGUGUCUACUUUGGGAAUGUCACGGAGAACGGCACAGCAGGUAUGGUGGUUAUGACAAUGACGGCUGUAGACUACGAUGACCCCAAUGAGGGUACGAAUGCCAAGCUUGUGUACUCGAUUGAGAAGAAUGUGAUUGAGGAGGAAACGGGUUCGCCAAUAUUUGAAAUUGAACCCGAUACGGGUGUUAUUAAGACAGCUGUGUGCUGCCUGGAUCGCGAACGUACCCCAGACUACUCCAUACAGGUCGUUGCGAUGGAUGGCGGGGGGUUAAAGGGUACGGGGACGGCGUCGAUACGCGUGAAAGAUAUAAACGAUAUGCCGCCGCAAUUUACAAAAGACGAAUGGUUUACGGAAGUGGAUGAGACGGAUGGGUCAAACUUACCGGAAAUGCCCAUACUCACGGUAACUGUGCACGAUGAGGAUGAGACGAAUAAGUUCCAGUACAAAGUGAUCGACAACAGUGGCUAUGGGGCUGAUAAAUUCACAAUGGUGCGCAAUAAUGACGGCACGGGGAGUCUCAAGAUUGUCCAACCUCUCGACUAUGAGGAUCAGUUGCAGAGCAACGGAUUCCGUUUCCGUAUUCAGGUGAACGAUAAAGGGGAGGACAAUGACAAUGAUAAGUACCACGUGGCUUAUUCGUGGGUUGUUGUAAAGCUGCGCGACAUUAAUGAUAACAAACCCAUGUUUGAGCGCCCCAAUAUUGAGUCAGUUGUGUAUGAAAAUGCCGAAGUUGGCACAACGCUGGAAACCUUCAAGGCUGUUGAUCCCGAUCAAGGGGGUAAAGGGAAGAUCUCCUUUGCCAUUGAUCGUUCAUCAGAUCGUCAGCGACAGUUUAAUAUUGAUCAGAGUGGAACGGUGACAAUUCAGCGGAAGCUCGAUCGUGAAAACAUCCCGCGGCAUCAAGUUAAAAUUCUCGCAAUUGAUGAUGGAGUCCCACCGAAGACUGCCACAGCAACGUUGACUGUUAUUGUUCAGGAUAUCAAUGAUAAUGCUCCGAAAUUCCUCAAGGACUACCGCCCAGUGCUGCCAGAGCAUGUCCCUCCGCGAAAAGUCGUGGAAAUCCUGGCCACUGAUGAUGAUGAUCGUUCCAAGAGCAAUGGCCCGCCAUUUCAAUUCCGUUUGGAUCCCGGUGCGGAUGACAUCAUCAGGGCAUCCUUCAAAGUUGAGCAGGAUCAAAAAGGUGCUAAUGGCGAUGGAAUGGCCAUCGUGUCGUCGCUGCGUUCAUUCGAUCGGGAGCAACAGAAGGAGUACCUAAUCCCAAUUGUAAUUAAGGAUCACGGGAAUCCCGCCAUGACUGGCACGAGUACACUGACUGUGAUCAUUGGGGAUGUGAAUGAUAACAAAAUGCAACCCGGUUCCAAGGAUAUCUUCGUGUACAACUACCAAGGACAGGCGCCUGAUACACAAAUUGGCCGGGUGUAUGUGUACGACUUGGAUGAUUGGGAUUUGCCUGAUAAGAAAUUCUACUGGGAAGGUGCUGAGCAUCCACGAUUCAAGCUCAAUGAGGACUCCGGUAUGAUCACAAUGCGUCAGGGAACCCGCGAUGGGAAGUACCAUCUUCGCUUCAAGGUUUACGAUCGCAAACAUACGCAAAAUGAUGUUCCGGCAAAUGUUACGGUGACCGUAAAGGAGAUCCCGCAUGAGGCUAUAAUCAAUUCCGGCUCAAUACGGAUAGCAGGGAUAACAGAUGAAGAUUUCAUCCGGGUUUGGAAUUAUCGGACACAGAGCUUAUCACGGAGUAAGCUCGAUCGAUUCCGGGAUAAACUUUCGGAUUUGCUCAAUACGGAACGGGAGAAUGUUGACAUCUUCAGUGUUCAGCUGCGCCGGAAGCAUCCCCCUCUAACGGAUAUCCGUUUCUCAGCCCAUGGCUCCCCGUACUACAAACCCGUCCGGCUCAAUGGGAUUGUCCUGAUGCACAGGGAGGAGAUUGAACGUGAUGUUGGGAUAAAUAUAACAAUGGUUGGGAUUGAUGAGUGUCUGUAUGAGAAUCAAAUGUGCGAAGGCUCGUGUACAAAUAGUCUCGAUAUAAGUGCUCUACCAUACAUGGUGAAUGCCAAUAAGACUGCCUUAGUUGGGGUACGGGUUGAUGUGCAGGCUGAGUGCACGUGCGGGGAUAGGAAUUUCACGAAAUCCGAAUCAUGCAGGACAACACCCUGCUACAACGGUGGACGAUGCAUGGAGUCGAGAUUUGGGCUCAAAUGUACCUGCCCCACUGGCUACACAGGGCCACGAUGCCAACAAACCACACGGAGUUUCCGUGGAAAUGGUUGGGCGUGGUAUCCACCCCUGGCAAUGUGCGACAAUUCCCAUCUCAGCCUGGAAUUCAUCACACGCAAAUCCGAUGGGUUGCUCAUCUACAAUGGGCCCAUUGUUCCACCGGAGAGGGAUGAAAUAAUAAUUUCGGAUUUUAUUGCUCUUGAACUUGAGCGAGGUUUCCCACGACUUCUCAUUGACUUCGGCUCCGGCACGUUGGAGCUUAAAGUGAAGACGAAGAAAACUCUGGAUGAUGGGGAAUGGCAUCGAAUUGAUCUGUUCUGGGACACAGAAAAUGUCCGAAUGGUUGUUGAUUACUGCAAAUCAGCCGAAGUGGCUGAAAUGGAGGAUGGCUCCCCGCCGGAGUUUGAUGAUUCAUCAUGCCAAGCAAGAGGGACAAUUCCACCCUUCAAUGAGUACCUCAAUGUCAAUGCACCCCUUCAAGUUGGUGGUUUGUAUCGGGAACAAUUCGAUGCAAGCCUCUACCAUUGGCACUACAUGCCCGUUGGCAAGGGCUUUGAUGGGUGCAUCCGGAAUCUCAUUCACAACAGUAAACUCUACGAUUUUGCCCAUCCAGGCUUGUCCCGCAACAGCCUAACAGGAUGCCCUCAAACUGAGGAAGUUUGCAGUCAGAGUGAACAAACAAGCCGAUGCUGGGAGCAUGGAAACUGCGUGGGGAGUUUCAGUGAAGCCCGCUGCCAGUGUCGCCCAGGGUGGACAGGACCAGCGUGCAAUGUUCCCACAAUCCCAACAACCUUCAAGCAACAGAGCUACGUCAAGUACGCCCUUAGUUUCGAACCCGAUCGCUUCAGUACAACAAUUCAGCUGCGUUUCCGCACACGUGAGCAGCACGGUGAACUCUUCCGUGUGAGUGAUCAGCACAACAGGGAGUAUGGGAUUUUGGAGAUCAAAGAAGCCCGCCUACAUUUCCGUUACAAUUUGAAUUCCCUGCGAACGGAAGAGAAGGAUUUGUGGCUGAAUUCCGUCACAGUGGAUGAUGGUCAGUGGCACGUGGUGCGCGUGAAUAGGUACGGAUCAGCGGCAAUGCUGGAGCUGGAUGGUGGUGAAGGAAGACGGUACAAUGAGACGUUUGAAUUUGACGGGCAUCAGUGGUUGCUGGUUGAUAAGCAGGAAGGAGUUUAUGCCGGUGGGAAGGCGGAGUACACCGGGGUGCGGACAUUUGAAGUCUACGCUGACUACCAGAAGAGCUGCCUUGAUGACAUCAGGCUCGAGGGCAAACAUCUUCCGCUGCCACCCGCUAUGAAUGGCACACAGUGGGGCCAGGCAACAAUGGCGAGGAACUUGGAGCGCAACUGUCCAUCAAAUAAGCCAUGUGCCAACGUUAUCUGCCCCGAUCCAUUCGAAUGUGUCGAUUUGUGGAAUGAAUACGAGUGCACUUGCGGCGAAGGGCGCAUAAUGGCACCAGAUGGAAAGGGGUGCAUUGAUCGGAAUGAGUGCAUCGACUUGCCCUGCCUCAAUGGGGCCACAUGUAUAAAUUUGGAACCAAGGCUGCGGUAUCGCUGUAUUUGCCCCGAUGGCUUCUGGGGUGAAAAUUGCGAACUGAUCCAGGAGGGUCAGACACUGAAGCUGAGCAUGGGCGCUUUAGCAGCCAUCCUUGUGUGUCUACUAAUAAUUUUGAUUCUCGUCCUCGUGUUUGUGGUGUACAAUCGCCGACGGGAGGCCCACAUCAAGUAUCCAGGACCUGAUGACGAUGUCCGGGAGAAUAUCAUCAAUUACGAUGACGAAGGUGGUGGUGAGGAUGAUAUGACAGCCUUCGACAUCACCCCCCUGCAGAUACCCAUUGGGAGUACAAUGCCGGAGCUGACGCAGUGCAAGAUGCCAAUUAUGUAUCCAGUGAUGACAAUUGGACCUGGACAGGAGCCAAAUGUGGGAUUGUUCAUUGAGGAGCACAAAAAGCGCGCCGACAGCGACCCCAAUGCACCACCCUUUGAUGAUCUCAGAAACUACGCCUACGAGGGUGGAGGAAGUACAGCAGGAUCCCUGAGUUCUCUGGCGUCUGGGACGGACGAUGAGUGCCACGAGUAUGACUAUUUGGGUGCUUGGGGGCCGAGAUUUGAUAAAUUGGCCAACAUGUACGGCCCGGAGCAGGAGCAGGAGCUCGAUGAAAUGUAAUUAGAGAGUUAUCCUCGAUUGUGGCCAAAAAAAUAACAAGUGCAAGCAGAAUUUUCCAGCACGAAACAGCCCCUGCAAAGAAAACCAAAAAAAAAUCAACUCCAACAACAAAAAAAGCCAUUUAAUUAGAGAGAGAAAGAGAGUAAUCUGAUGAGACGACUGAUUGAGAAAUUGCGUGAAUGUAAUUGAAAACUAAGAGAGAGAGAAAAAGCUCAUGUUAAGUUUCUUCCUUUCUUGAAUUUUCUUCUAUAUAAUUUUCCACACAAAACGACUGAUGAUUUUUUUUCUUCUACAUAAAAUCUAAGAAAAAAAAAAGAUUUUAUUUGUAAGAACAUAGUUUAAGUUAAAAAAAAUGUGCUCUCUUUGAAGACUUUCUUUUUAUUAAAUUAAAAUUUAAUUUUUAAAGUAAACUAAAAUAAAGAGAUUAAGGAGUGUGGGAAUUUAUCAAAGACACUGAAAUAUUUAUCAACGAUUUCACGUGAAUCCUUCUCUUCCGUUAAAAGAGGAUUUCCUUCCCCACAGAUAAAGGGGCUUUUUAUUGAGAUCUUUUCAGUGAUCUCAAGAUUAUCUUGCCAUUUUUUCUCAUAAACUUACAAGAGACACAAUAUACAAUGUUUUUCUUUUCGUUUUACAAUGUACAAUAACAAAAAACAUGGCUACCUUGGGAUAGCAUCAAAAGGACGCUAUUCUAUUUUGAGGUUAUGUCACACAGAGUUGCGUUAACCUCAAAGUUUAUUGAGGUUAUUGUAUGGGAAAUGAAGGAAUAUGCAAGGAGUUUUGAAGGAAAAUUCAACAAUUCACGAAGACAGAAUAAUUUCAAAAGCUCCGAAAGACUCUGAAUGCUCCGAAUUUGUGAGAAAAGCUUUGUAACAUAACCUCAAAAUAUUAAAUUCUUUUAAAAGAAAACUAAUUCCAACGUAGCAAUGCUGCAACAAGACAUUUACAAGUAUUUAUGACUAUUUGAAUAACUUACAAGUACCUAUAGCAGUUAGAUUUUGAAGCAACUUGGAGUUUGUUAUAAUAAAUCAAUUUUAGAUGGAAAGACGCGGUAUGGCAAGAAACAUUGAGGUUAUAUAGAGGAUUCCCAGGCAAAGAUGGUUUAUGGGUUAAUAAAAGAAGAUGAUGAAAAACACGUGGAAACGAAUCUUAUUUAGUAAUUUUUUUAAAUAAGUAAAAAAGAUGUAUAAUUGUAAUAUCCAAAGACUGGUUUUUCAUUUAAAAAAAAAACAAUUUUAAGUAAAAUAUAAAGUAAAAAAUAUUUAAAUAAAAUGACAUUAUACUCAUUAUAAUUAUAACUAUAGUUAAAGAAUGAUACAUUUUUGAUCAAACCACUCUCUCAAACAUUUAAAUUUGAACAAAAAAAUGACAUCCAUUUUACACGUUAAUCUCAUUUUCUAGUUUGUAGUUCUUCAUAACAAAACUUCAUCGUAGUCACAUGCAUUAAUUAGUAGGAAAUUUUACAAAAAACAUUCACACACACACUGCAUUUUAGGGUUAAUGGAGGUGUUAAAGAGUUUUAAGAGAAGAAUACAUUAAAAGCUCUCUUUGAAGUCAAAUUGAGGCUAUGAAAGCUCCAAAACGGCUUUGUCCUACUUGAGGGAUAAAUUAUUUUAUGAGAGCCAUAAAUACUGAACUAGUUUAAUUUAAAACAUUCGAGCUUAACAUCCUCAAAAAUUGACGAAGAAAACAUUCAAAGCAAACGGUUUUUCGGUCAACACCUUCCCGGGGUGUAAGAAAAGGUUAUCAAAGAAAAACUCUCGGGAUGUGCAAAUAAAUCCUCAAAAAGCUCACUGACCCACGUGGAAGGACAUGAAAGCUCCCAUUCAUUCCCUUUGCCUUCGCAUAAGAUGGAAAGAAAUCUUCCCAUUUUUUUUUGACUUAACCACGAUAAUGAGGAGGAAGCAUCAACUCUUAAAAGCUCAUUAGUAAAAUUAUUGUAGCAAUUUUACCAAGAGUGGUGGCAGCUCAGAGAAAAAAGAAUGAAAAAAUGCUUUGGGCGUGAAUUAGCGUGAAAAGAAGUGGAAAAUUUUCGUGAAUGACUUGUGAGAAAAAUGAGAGGGAGCCGCGAAGGCGGGCUAAAAGCACAUUCGAAGAACAUCAAGAAGCCGUUUAUAUGUAAAUAUAGAGGGGUUGGAAAAUAUCCGGAAAUAUACCUUCCGCAGGGGAGAGAGAAAAAGAUGUCUGUGUGGUGCCUUUGGGGAGGUGGAAGACAUGACAAGCACAAAAAAGACCCGGUGAAUAGCUAAAACUUCUCGACUUAAAGCUCAGAAAGUCUUGAGAAAAUUAAGUGCAUAGUCCUUAAUUCAUCGUCAUUCAUAACUUCAUUUUAUUUAUAUGAGAAAAGCUCUCUCUCUUUCAUGUCAAAAUGCUUCCUUUCACCCCAAAUGUGAUGAUGAGAAGGGGGUGGAAAAUUUCUGUAUUGUUUCACUCACAUAGCAAUACUUUUAGCAUCAACGAAAUCCAUUUGAUUAAGCCACAAUACACUUUUGUCCGGGAAGAAUAACGAAGGAACAAGACCAGAAAAUAGGAAAGCUUUCAAGUGAGCUUUUGUGGGGUGAACGUUUCUAUGAGGGGUUUGUUUUGUUGAAUAUUUUGGGAGGAUUUUCAAUGCAAAACAACUCUGAAAAUCAAUUCAUUUCUUGGGGAUGAAAUUGUUUUUAAAAUUUUCUUUUAUUUUCAACGGCUUAGUUUUUGCUGAAAAUAUUUUUAAAAGAAGUAUCUGAAGCGCUUAAAUGUCCCUUUAAGGCUAAAACUUAUCUUUGUAAGCAAAUAAGCCACUUUAAAAACAAUAAUUAUUCUUAACUGAUUUUUAGCAUUGUCAGAAAAAAUGCUGAAUUUAUUUUAACUGACUGCAAAUUUUCUUAUGUAUUUCGUUAAUAAGAAAAAAGUUUAAAGAUAAUUUGAAAAUUAAUUAUUUGAACAUUUAAUAGAUUGGCAGCGUUUUUGAAUUUUUAAAUCGAAAGCAUCAAGUUUCACAAAAUCGCUGACAAUUAAAAUAAUUUUUUGUCAGCAAAAUGUAAGUGAUAUAUAUUUUUUUUAAUUUUUAUUUAAGAAAAUCAAAGCAAAAGCAAUUGAAAUUUCAAUAGAAAAUUUCUAAUUCAGCAAAUGAGCUGAAUAUCAGUUAAUUAAACUAAAAAGCGCUGAAUAUGAAUUUUUCUAAGCUGAAUUGCAAUCUAAACAUCAAAUUUCACAAAACUUCGGGCUUUGGGCUCAAUCGCUGACAAUUAAAUUUUUUUUUGUGAGCAAAAUGUAAGCGAUACAUUUUUUAAAUUCUUAUUUAAGAAAAUCAUUAUUAAAGUUCAAUGAGAAAUUUUUAAUUCAGCAAAUGUGCUGAAUAUCAGUUAAUUAAACUGAAAAGCGCUGAAUAUGAAUUUUUCUAAGCUGAAUUGCAAUAUUUAACCCAAAUAAAACAUAAAAAUUCAUUUUCUAAAGAAUGUUGCUAUCACUUUGUUAGAAAUCUUAAAAGAAUCUCUUCCCUUACGACUAAAAUAAUUUAAAAGUAAACGGUAACCCCUUGGAAAUGAUCUACACAAUCUAAAAUGUUCACUACUUCAACCCCAACCCCCUUUGGGGCCACAUAAACUUCUCAUUUCCAUCCCUCUGCCCAUUCUCAUCCCCUCUACGAAAUUGAGGACAAAAGCUCGCAGUCAAUGGAUGUAUUGUCAUGAACUUUCUGUGAGUGAGAGGGGAGAAAAAAAAGUUCUAACACACUGUAGAACAAAUAGAGUGAAUGUUUCAAUUCAGCAUCGUGUGUUAAUUUAAAUUAAAUUGCACUGAAAGUGUCUGAACACGAGACUCUUGUGUGGAGGGAUAAAAAGCUCUCACAGAAGUUUCAACAAAGAAUCUCAAUUUCGGAGCUUUUUUUUCUUGUUCUUCUCAAUUACAUUUUCUCUUCUUUUUUUCUGCUUUCUCUUGUCUGUUGCUAAAACAAAAGCCCAACGGCCUAAAGGUGAUAUGUAUAUGGAAGAGCUUUUUUAUCUCCUUGGUGUAGGUUCCAAAUUCCAGGCACAGACAAAAUAAAUAUUGACUUUCAAUUGGAUUCUUUUUGUAGAGCAAUUUUUGAGAGAAUUUUUCUCAACAAGAUGUCCUUUUUUUCUUGCCUCUUGGCAGCAACGAGCUUAAUUUGUCUAUGAUUUUUUUGUUGCUUCCUUCAAGGGAGGUUUCCACUCAAAAGUCUUCAAUUAAAUUUCUCAAGAUGACGAAAAGGCAGUCAGCCAAUUAAUUGAAAGUAAUUGCGUUGGAAGCCGGAGUAGGAGUUUGAGAGAAAAUUUUUGGAUUAUCCAUAAGAGGGGGAGGGGGGUUCAAUUGCCAAGAAUAAAUUGCACUGCUUUACAAGAGCUAAGAGUUGAUGAGAGGUUUAUUCAUUUCCCCCUUCCUCACAGGGAAAAAUGGGAAAGGGUUCAAAAAAAAUAUCUAAAGGCAAAAGGAAAUAAAAGAAAAGGAUGAAUCAGAAAAGAGAGACUCGCAUAGAAAAAAAAUCCCUAAUUUCUUGUCAUUUUCUCACGAGAAUUUGUAAAAUUUCUUAGUCACAAAUUGUUUUUGUGCUCUUAACUGUAAAAUUAAGGAAUGAUAAAAAAAAGGUCUUAAGGUAAUUUUAAAUUGUACUAAUGUAAGGUGGUUUAAUAAGGAAAUAUUAAGAAAAAAAACUGAGAUACUGAAAGAGAUACUCAAAGUGGGUGAUCUCCUUGCAACAAAAAGAUGUUCAUGGGGGCGCGCCAGGUGUGUGUAUAAAAAUGCAAGAAAAAAUAUGAAUUUUUAUUUGGAAUCCAAAGAUUAAAUUAUAAGGAAAAGAGGAAAAAUAUAAAGAAAAAAAUUAAUUAAUAUAAAAAUUGAAGAAUGAUUGUGAAAAACACAAAAUAGAAAUUAAUGAGAGAGUGAAAGAAAGAAAAAAAAAUAUUGCAUAAAGUAUUAAUCUCCCUGCUAAAAAGGAAAAAAAAAAGUAAGGAGAGAUCUCAUAAGCUCGAUAGGUUUGAUGAAUUUUAGGAAUUUAUCGAUAUAUAAAUAUAAAUUUUGAAAGAAAAGGUAGCAUAUAUAUAAAAGAAAAAUCCUAAAUAAUUUUAUUCUUUACGCCACAGAGGAAAUUUAGAAUGUGGCGAAAAGGUUUUUUUUUAUUUUCCUCAAAAGAAAAACUUGAAAAAGAAGAAGAAAAAACACCACAAAAGUCACUAAAACACAUAACAAGAUGAGCUUUCAAUGGAAAACAUUUUGUUUGCUUCUCUUUACACGUUUUCACACCAACAAAUUGGAAAAAAAUUCGAAACUUCCUCCCAACAAUAGCAAAAUCUCAAUUGCAUCGAAUUUCACAAUAAACUCCCCUCUUUUUGUUUCCUUCCCCCCAAAAUGUCCUAAUUAAGUGCACAAAAUUAACGCGAAAAUCCAAUACUAUAAUUAACUUUUUUAUCUCUCUGCAAAUUCUUUUCCAGUGUCUUCGUAGGUUUUUUUUUUCCUUUAAAAAUUUUAUCUUUGCCCACUCCGAAAAACAACACGGGAGGGAUGGGAAAAAGUUUUUCAAUUAACUGAAGAUUUUUAGUGGUGUUCACUGCCAGGGCAAAUUGUUAGUGUUAUAUUAAAGCAAAGAAGACUUCUAUAUCGAUAAAUUUUCUCACAAUUUCCCAAAGGGGGGAAUUGAGAAAAUAACUUUCCUCUGCUGAACUCCAUCCCAUUUCUUUUCUCGAGCCACCACCCCGUAACUACCUCGAGAUGGAAACACAAACAAUUAGACUUAUUUACUUACAAUGUGGAAGGGGUUUUUUGUAAACUAUUUGUGAUUUUUUUUUUUUCAUUUGGGAAUUUAAGGAUUUUGAAGUAAUUUAUUUUUUGAAUUAAAAAUCGAGAAUCAGAAAUUUUAAAAUUGGUUCUAAACUAACAAGCUUUAACAUUUUAAAAGAGAAUAAAGUGAAUUCAAAAGAAAUUAUUAAGUAAUAAAAAUUGCAAAAAUUGUGAUUUUCCUGGAUUUUCUUACACAAUAUUUCCUGAAAAAAUUGAUGAAAAUUUGUUGAAAUUGUUCGAUGAAUUUUCUCCAAUAUCUUGAAAAUAAUUUGCUAUUAUAAUUCCAGGAAUUUUCUGCAAUAAAUUGAAGAUAAAUUGCUAUAGCAGACCAAUGAAAAUUUUCCCAAAUAAUUCAAUUAAAAAUAGUUGCAACCACUCGAACAGAAUUCUUUGAAGUAGUUCCGGGAAUUUUCUCCAAUAACUUGAUGAAAAUUUGCUGAAAGAUUUUAAAAUUUAUUGAAGUAAAUCAAAGGAAAUAAAAUAAAAAUAAUUUGUGGAAAAUUUGUGAGUUUUUCUUGGAAAAUUCACCUGAAUAAACAUUUUUUUUAAACAGAAUUGUUUAUUUUAUUUUCAAUUGAAAAAUUGAAUUUCAAAAGCUCUGUCAAUAUAUCAUGGAAAAUUUACUCAAAUAAACAAUUUACUUUUAUUAAAUUAUAAAGAACAUUUUAUGGAAAAUUUUUAAAAAUAUUUUCUAGAACCUUUAAGGCCAAAUAGCCAGGAUUUUCCUUGGAAAUCCAGUACAAUAAUUUUGUGGAAAAUACGUAAAAAAUAUUUAACAGAAAAAGUUUACAAACAUUUAAGGUAAUGCUUCUUUGGAAAGCUACGUAAAUAUUUCCUGGAAAACUUGAGAAAACAAUUUUUGUUUCUAAAUUAAUUUUUUCAAAAUAUUUCCACGGAAGAUUUUUGAGGAAAAUUCUUGGAAAAAUUUUUUUUUCCUGACUGACAAAAACUCUUUUCAAAUGAAAACAAAAAAUCUCUCAUUUAACCUAGAAUUUCCCAAAGAAAAUCUAUUGAAAAUAGUUCAAAAAUAAUUAUUAUUAAUCACAAAAAGCUCACAAAAUUUCCUCUUCCACAUACAAUACUACAUAUAGUUAAACGAGGCAGCAAUUUUCUCACACACACAUACAUACAACAGAGACAACCAGCAAUUACUUAAAUGCAAUUGCUCUUUUACUUGUCAAUUAAUCUUUAAUAGGUAAUUUAAUCCAUAAUAAAAGAAAAUCAUUAUAACCCAAAUGAAAAUAGCAAAAAAAAACACUAAAAAGCGUUUUAUCACAAAGACAUUAAAGAAAAUCUUAAAUAAAUUUAGUAAAAAUAGAGAAAAGAUACCAAAAAAAAAUUUAGAAGACAAAAUUGAGGAGAAAUCGUAUUAAAUGAAUUUAGUUAAAUUAACUAAAAGAAAAACUAAUUAAUGUGGCCAUUCUUCAUGUUGAUUCUUCAUUUAUUCCUCCACCCCACCCACCAUUUGUUCAUCCCCCGGAUUCAUUCCUCAUCCAUAAACGCGCCACACUGUCACUAUAUGUAUACAUACACAUUUAGAGAAAAAAGAAAAAAGUAAAAAGAGGAGGCGCCUGGUAGUUGCCGUUGUUUCCGGUACAGCACCCAACCAGGCGCCUCCACAUGUGCACUUGAGUGUGUCAUCAUUAUAAAUAAUUAAUAAAAAAAAAUGAAAAAGGAAAAUCUCACUGAGACAACACCCCUGUAGGCAGAUGAAAAACGAUGCAAAAAAAUAGUGAAAAGAUAAUCAAUUAAUUGAAAAGUAAUUUAAUAAAAAAAAAUGAAGAAAAGAAAAUCUAUAGAAAAAUAUAUUGAAAAAAAAUGAGAUAUAAAUUUUAACUGAUAAGAUUUAGUAAAGAAAAAUUAAAAAAAAAACAAUGUAGUGACGAAAAAAAAAUUUCCUGAGUUCCCACAGAAUUUGAAUUUGAAAAAAAAUGAUGAAAAGUAAUUAUAAAAAAACCCUACAUAAUAAAAGAUAUUAGUGAAUAUAUACAAUUUUUUACAUUUUGAAAAAUCUAAUUGACUAAUUGUAAAGAAAAAAAAAUAGAGAUGUGACGAAAUGGUGACGAAGAUUAAGAAGAAAAAAAAAUGAAGUAAAUAGAGAGAAAAUAUGAGAAAAGUGGUGGAAAAAAAGUAUUUACAAGGAUAAAUUUAGCGUUUUUGUGUUUGAAUCUGUGAUUAUUUUGUAAUAAAUAAUGUCUCAUUACGUGUAUUAUGUUUCAUAAAGAAAAAAAAGAUAGAAGAGAGCGCGAGGAAAAAAUAAAAGAAAAAUGAGCCCAUUGUAUCAUUUACAACACAAAAAAAAAUGGAGAAAAUGAGAAAAGGAAAAUAAAAUGUAAUGUUAAAUGGAAA